AUGUCAAUAGCGAUACCCACGGAGAUUGAUAUAGAUGGAUCGACAUACUAUCAGAUUGAUAUAAAGCUACCGCUUAGAUCCUACUCCAUUAAGAAACGAUACUCCGAUUUCGAACAACUAGUCGACACAUUGUGCCAUGACUUGGGUAUCAACCACAAGGACUUUCCUUAUACGUUACCGGGUAAGCGAAUCAACUGGUUGAACAAAUACAACGUGAUUGAAGAACGGAAAAGGGGGCUUACGGAUUUUCUCAACGGAAUGAUUAAUGACCGCUCGUUGCAGAAUGAACGUGAAUUUCUAAAUUUUUUGCAAUUGCCCAAAAACUUCAAGUUCCAAGAUCGCCCUCAAGUGAAUAAUGAAAACUGGCAUGAAUUGUAUCGAGGUGUAAAGACUGAGCUUUUUGAUUUGUCAAAUACGUAUGGGUCAAAUGUAAUAAAGUUGAAGGAACAAAUUAGAAAAUCCAUUCAGCCCUCGAUAAAUGACUUGAUAACAAGUAGUGGCGUCGAAGAUAAGACUGAAUCGCUGAGACGAAGAAGUAUGAUUAGUCAACUACAGUCGAAAAUCGACGAAAUGUUGAUCCAACAACCACGACAACUGAGUGCGGGAGCUUUUUCACGAGUGUUGGGAGGGGAUGGUGGUGCGGUAAAUGCAAAAGAGACUGAGGAUACUUUACCAUUAAACAACAAGGAGCUUCUACAACAUCAGGUGCAUAUCCAUCAAACACAAGAUCAGGAGUUGGAACAAUUGCGAAAAAUCAUUGCUCGACAACGACAAAUUGGCGAGACUAUAAACGCCGAAGUUGAGGAGCAAAAUGCAAUGUUGGACAGGUUUAAUGAGGAAGUGGAGCAAACUACGGAUAAAAUCAAACAAGCAAGGAGAAGAACAAGGAGAAUAUUGUGA